AUGAACGUAAAGAAGAAACACGAGGUUACCAACUUCGCAGACUAUGUGGACCGUCUGGCCGGGGACAUAGCCCGGCUGACGGGGACUGAGAUGACUCACUUCAUCGACUUCGGCAGCGGGCAGAACUAUCUCGGGCGCACGCUGGCCUUUGCCCCGUACAGCAAGGACAUCGUUGCGGUCGAGAGGCACGAGCACAACCAGGCAGGUGCCAGAGAACUGGACGUACUUGCAGGCAUCGCAGAGACGGAGAAGGUGCUCAGGAACAAGAAAAUAUGGCAGAGCUUGGUGGACAGCAAGAAGGAUGCUGAGGAUCUGGACGAGAAGGCCAGAAGACGAAGGGCAGAACAGCACACGGCUGAGCAGAUCGCGGCCGCCGAACUCAGGCCGAGGAAAGAGCUGGAGGCUAUAUACCGCCCCGAGGAAGGAAGAGGCCUGAUCAAGUAUGUCACAGGGCGACUGGAGACCGGGGACCUGUCCGACGUGCUCAACAAGAUCCACGAUGCCAACAUACCAGAGGAGAACCGCAAAGAGCUUUCACUGAUGGCAAUAUCGAUCCACUCCUGCGGCAAUCUCUCUCACUUUGGGAUCCGGUCCAUGAUCCUCAACCCCAGCAUCAAGGCAGUGGCUAUCGUGGGAUGUUGCUACAACCUACUUACGGAGAAGUUGGGCCCACCAACGUACAAACUGCCUUACAUGCGGCCUAGCCUGCAAGCUCUCAAUGGACGAGUGGUGCGAGAGUCAGAGAAGUGCGACCCUCAAGGUUUUCCCAUGAGCAACCGGGUGUCGUGCCACAAUGAUCGCGGUAUUCGUUUUAACAUAACAGCUCGCAUGAUGGGGACCAUGGAAAUCCUCGAAAUCCACCCCUCCCCGAUCCCCAACAACAAAAUCACUUCGCUGGACAAUGCUGAUAUUCCCUUCCGUACAGCAUGUCAAGCACCACAGAACUGGACAGAGGUUGAGUCGGACUCCUUCUUUACUAGGCACUUCUACCGCGCAGUCCUGCAGAAGAUAUUCCUGGACAAAGGCGUCAUCACUAAGGUGUACCACGGCGGAACCGACAGCGGCGAGGGCGAGGGUGGCCCAGGGAACGACAAAGAAAGCCCGUUCAACAUGAGCACGAACCCUGUCAUCAUCGGGUCCCUCGGGAAGAGCUGCUUCAGGUCGUUCCACGCCUACGUGCGUGGGGCGAUCAAGAAGCUGGCGUCGAACGAGGACACCAACGAGAAGUACAGUGCGGUAAUCCACGAAAAGAUGGGCGACAUGACCGACGACGAGAUCGAUGCGUACGCGAGGGCCUACAUGCCGCGGAAGCGCGAGCUUAGCAGCAUAUGGACGUUGAUGGCGUUCAGCGCCGGCGUCGUCGAGUCGCUGAUCGUGACGGACCGCUGGCUCUUCCUCAAGGAGCACCGCGACGUCGUCCAGGACUGCUGGGUGGAGUCUGUGUUCGACUACAAGGAGAGCCCGCGGAACCUGGUGGUCGUUGGCAUAAAGAAGAACGAGGCGGUCGAGGGAGGCUGA